AUGAAGUUUACUCGAAGUACAUCGCAAGAUCAGAACGGCAGUGCGACGCUCAAAAAGGGAACAUCCCGGUCUGCAUCAUCUGUUCGCUUCAUAAGUGAGCCGGGAAAUGUGGAGCUGUUUCCACCUUUAUCACAGUUUGUCGACUGGAAAUCAGAGCAGCUAGCUGAAUGGAUGGGCGAAGUAGGCUUCGCUCAAUACAUGCCGGAAGUGUCGAAGUAUGUGCGAUCGGGUCGACAUUUUCUCAAUAUGAAUGAUAACGAGUAUGAAAUAAUCCUCGGAAUAAGAACUCCUCUACAUAGAAAGAGAUUGAACUUAUUGUUGCGGCGGAUUGAAGACGAUUCCGGGAAUGCAGUCAGUAAUUGGGAUAUGCACAUGACACAAAAGUGGCUAGAAGAUAUUGGUCUCCCACAGUACAAAGAGGUCUUCUGUGAAAACAUGAUUGACGGGUUGAUGUUUUCCGCACUUACAGCGACUGACCUAAUCGAGGUAAAACAUACUUUCUCCUACUAUGAUUUCAGUAGCGAAAUUCAUAAAGGCGGACCGUAA